GUUGGUGUCCAAAGUUCUGGUAUAGAAUAUUUUCAAGAAAGUAUAGGAUUAGAGAUCGCUACUCAUAUUAGUGUUGGUAAGUAUAAAAGUGCUCAGAAUGGUAAUAUAAUAGAGAAUGAUAUAAUUUACACAGAAGAACAAGUUGGUGGCCAAAGUUCUG